UUUUAACGAGCGCGUUAUUUUUUAAAGAUACUGCUGGACAAAUGGAUUCAAUAAAUCCGUUAGAUGAAAAUAAUAUUAACUACGGAUUAGUUAAAAGAUUUAACACCAGCAAAGGAAGUAGAAUAAUAGAUUUAAUGGGACGUCUUCAUAUCGAUUUAGCGAACCAGCCUAAGCUUCUAACGAACAAUGUAGACCUAAGAAUUAAAUUGGAAAGAUCUAAAGAAAAUUUUGCACUAAUGGCAGAUAACGACAACUAUAAAAUUAUUAUUAAAAACGCCUCACUGAAAAUUAAUAAAGUAGAUGUUAGUUCGUCAAUACAGAUAGGAAUUGAAAAAGCAUUACAGACUGGUUUAAUUAAAUUACCAUUCCGUCGAACAGAUGUGAAAGUCUUUACGUUAACUAGCGGGAUUCAGUCUACAAGUAUAUCAAACGUUGUUAUCGGUCAACUACCUUAUAGAAUAACUCUCGGAUUAGUUUCUAAUUCUGCAUUUAAUGGAAAUGUGAAGCGUAAUCCUUUUAAUUUUAAAAAUUAUGAUUUAAAUUAUAUAUGUUUAUCAAAAGACAAUCAAAUGAUUUCUUCUAAACCCUAUACUCCGGAUUAUACCAAUAAAAUUUAUGCAAGAAAUUUUAUCUCGUUAUUCGAAGAUAAUGGAUGUAUUCAUCAUCACAAAUCUAUAAAUAUAUCGUACGACGAGUAUCGAGACGGUUAUACUUUAUAUUAUUUUGAUCUUACGCCCGAUAAAUCAGGCUCCGAGAAUCACGUUAGUGUUAACCAGAUUGGAAACGUUUCUGUGGAAUUAAAGUUCUCGAAGGCAAUACCAGAAACCAUAAACGUUAUUUGUUUGCUAGAAUAUAAUAAUACCUUAGAAAUCGAUCAUUCACGAACCGUAUUCGUCGAUUAUUAAUGAAUACCGUUACGUUGUGGAAAUUAGCAG